AUGUUUAGUGUUUCAAGAGAAGAUGUCAAUUCAAGGGAAAGACUUAAAUUUGCAGAAGCCAUUACUAAUAAAAGCAAUAGAGGUCUUUUCUUAAAAUUCUUAGAUACAGAAAAAGGAAAAACUAUCUUUAAUUCCUUUGUUAAGAAUAAAUGUAUAAGUAGUGCAUCUGGUAUUCUUAGUCCAUUGACAGGUAAUGCUGCAGAAGUGGUUGAGAAGUUCCAUAAUAAGUUGUUCAAUCUUCAGGGAGAACCAACAUCAGAACUACAAAACAUGUUAAAUCUGGGGAUCACUCUAACUAAUCUGGAUAACAUUCUGAGCAAAGCACGAGUAAGGGCUCCAAUAGCAUUCGAGAAACUCUACACCGUUUUAUUUGAUAAUGAAGGAAGAAAUACAUCAAAGCUAGAGUUCAUGUUACAUGCUGGGAUAAUUUUGAAUGAUAUAAAAACUAUUCUGUCUAAGACAGAAAUACGUGCUGCAGAAGUAUUCAACGCAUUUUAUGAUGUUUUGUUUGAUAAUAACGGAGAUCACAAACCAUUGCUAAAACAUAUACUAAAUGGCAAUAUAGCUGUAGGGGAUAUUGUCCAUAUUGUGCAUGGAAAAGGGCCGUUGGCUGUGGAAUUACUUCAAGAAUUUAUUGGCGCCCUAUAUAAUGAUGAAGGAAACCCAUUACCAAAGCUGCAACACAUGUUAAAUAGCGGGUUAAAUAUCCAUAAUAUAGCUCAGAUGAUGAGUGGAGCAGGAAUAGAGGCUGUACAGACAUUCCAUAAGUUAUAUGAUAUUUUGUUUGAUACUGAAGGAAACCCAUCACUAAAGCUGCAGCGUAUGUUAAGUGGCGGAUUAAAUGUCUCUAAUGUAGCUCGAAUACUAAAUGGAGCAGGAAAAAAUAUUGCAGAAGUAUUCGAUAGAUUAUGUCAUAUGUUGUUUGAUGCUGAAGGAAAUCCAACACCAAAGCUACAGCACAUAUUAGAUAGCGGGCUAACUAUAAGUAAUGUAUUAACUAUUAUAAAUGGAUCAACAUCAAGAAUUGAAGUAAUAUUCAAUAGUGUCCAUAAUCUUUUGUUUACUAGAGAAGGAAAUCCAACACCAGAGUUAGAUCAUUUUUUUAAAAUCAGAGAAUUUCAUGAUGCUUUAUUUGAUGCUGAAGGAAAUCCAACACCACGGCUGCAGCAUUUUAUAGAUGGAGAGGUAACUCUUUCCUUUGUGUGCUCUGUGAUUGGAACAGCAGGAGCGAAGGCUCCAGACGCAUUCAAGGAAUUGCAUGAUGCUUUGUUUGAUGCUGAAGGAAAUCCAACACCAGAGCUGCAGCAUUUUAUAGAUCAAGAUUUAACUAUAAGUAAUAUUUCCAGCAUGCUAAGUGGAGCAGGAGGAAAGGCUCCAGAAGCAUUCAAGAAAUUGCAUAAUGCUUUCUUUGAUGCUGAAGGAAAUCCAACACCAGAGCUGCAGCACAUGUUAAAUAACGGGAUAAAUAUAUCUAGUAUAUCCAGCGUUAUAUCUGGGUCAAAAGCAAAGAGUGCAUUGAUAUUCAAGGAAUUGCAUGAUGCUUUGUUUGAUGCUGAAGGAAACCCAACACGAGAGUUAGAGGAUUUUAUAGAUAACAAUAUGGAGUUUGAUUGCUUGUCUGGCAUCCUAACUGGAGCGGGGGGUAAACCAAAGCCAGAGCUACAGCACAUAUUAGCUUAUGAGUUAAGGCUACCUAGCAUAUUUAGUAUACUUUCUCAAUCAAGAGCAAAGGCUCCAGAAGCAUUCAAGAAAUUGCAUGAUGUUUUAUUUGAUGCUGAAGGAAAUCCAACAUCAGAGCUGCAGCAUUUUAUAGAUCAAGAUUUAACUAUAAGUAAUAUUUCCGGCAUGCUAAAUUCAACAGGAAUAAACGCUGCAGAAGCAUUCAAAAAAUUUCAUAAUGUUUUGUUUAAUGAUAGAGGCAGACCAGCACCAGAGCUACAGAAUGUAUUAGAUAGCGGAAUAAGUUUAUCUUCUGUGUCUUCCAUUAUUGGUAAAGCAGGAGGAAAGGCUCCAGAAGUAUUCAAGAAAUUGCAUGAUGUUUUGUUUGAUGAUAGAGGCAGACCAGCACCAGAGCUACAGCAUAUAUUAGAUAGUGAGAUAAGUUUACCUUCUGUGUCUGCUGUUAUUAGUAAAGCAGUAGUACAUGCUUCAGAAGCAUUCAAGAAGUUUCAUGAUGUUUUGUUUGAUGAUAGAGGUAAACCAAAGCCAGAGCUGCAGCAUAUACUGAAGGAAAACUUGAAUAUCAGUAGUAUAUCCUUAGUGUUAAAGGGAUCAGGAGUACAUACUCCAGAAGCAUUCAAGAAAUUUCAUGAUGUUUUGUUUGAUGGUAGAGGCAAACCAAAGCCAGAGUUACAGCAUAUAUUAGAUAGUGAGAUGAGUUUUUCCUCUUUGUGCGGUGUACUAUUUGAGGCAAGGACUCCAGAAGCAUUUAAGGCAUUUCAUGAUGUUUUAUUUGAUGCUGAAGGAAACCCAACACCAGAGCUACAGCAUAUAAUAAGUAGCGAGUUGAUUAUGAGUAAUGUACUCAGCAUAUUAACUGGAUCGGGAAUAAGGGCUCCAGAAAUAUUCAAGUCAUUUCAUGAUGUUUUGUUUGAUGCUGAAGGAAAACCAACAUCAAAGCUACGUAGUGUAUUAUCUGGUAAGACGGGAGAAAAGGCUCCAGAAGCAUUCAAGGCAUUUCAUGAUGUUUUAUUUGAUGCUGAAGGAAAACCAACACCAGAGCUACAGCAUAUAUUAGAUAGCAGGAUAAAUUUGUCUUCUCUGUCUGGUAUUAUUAAUGGAUCAAAAGCAAACGCCCCAAAAGUAUUCAAGAAAUUCCAUGAUGUUUUGUUUGAUGCUGAAGGCAUACCAACACCAGAACUGCAGCAUAUGUUAGGUGACAAGGUGAAUUUUUCUACAGUAUUCAGUAUGAUACCUGCUCGAAUAGGAGAAGAAGCCCCAGAAGUAUUCAAGAAAGUGCAUGAUGUUUUGUUUGAUGUUGAAGGAAAACCAACACCAGAGCUACAGCAUAUAUUAAAUAGCGGAAUUUCUCUAGCUGGUGUGUCUUCCAUAAUAAGAAAAUCAGGAACAAAGGUUCCAUAG